UUAAUUGACCAUAUAUCUUUUCUAGAACAAGAAAUAUAGUCCACGAUGAAUUUACAUAAAACACAUUAUUUAAUUUCUUUUGGCAAAGGAAAGGUAUAAUCAAAGUGGAGUGGCGUGAACAAGAGGCUUCUUUUCUGGAAGCAUACGUGUGGGAUGAUCACAUCACAUCACUCGUGCGAGUCAAGAAAGCUAUAACUCACUCACUGCAUAUAAGUACCACGCUCCUUCAACUCAAUAUCUCAGCCUUUUCCGCUUAUGCGCUUUUGCUCCUCUUCUCUCUCAACAACCCUCUCACUUUCUCUCUCAACAACACAUACAUCCAAACCAAACACAACUGCAUACAAACAUCCAAACACAACUGCAUAGAAAUUCAAACUGAGGUGAUUGAGAUUCACAAUUUCACAUCAGCAAUGAAUAACGGUCAAGAGGAUGUUUGCAUAUGUGAUAUGCCCUAGCUUCAACAGCUAUUCAUCAGAUCGAUUAGCGGAGAUCGCAAUCAGAGUCGCCGGCGACAACCCGCGCGACGCCGCUGGAAUCGAUGAUACCGGCGGCGACGACGAUUUUGAGUUCGCGUUGCUGCUACGCGAAGAUAAGGAGGUCUCGGCCUCGGAAUUCCUCUACGACGGCCCGGUUUUCCCCGUAUUUAACCGCGAUUUGAUUGAAAGCGGCUCGGAAUCGAACAAUCUGAUUCCGUUGAGUAAACUUUUCGCCGAAGAGGACGACGAGGAGCGCGACUGUCCGCCUUCGUGUUCCUCGUCGGAGGCCGACGAACUGGAGAACGUUCCGGCAGGCACGUACUGCGUAUGGCGGCCGAGGACGGUGCCGCCGCCGCUGCCGAGCCAGUGCGAGAAAAGCAAAUCGACUGGAUCGGCUUCGAGGCGGUGGAAGAUCCGCGAUCUGUUGCGGCGGAGCAAGAGCGACGGGAAGGAGAGUUUUGUGUUUCUGACGCCGAAGCACCGCGAAGAGAAUUUGGAGAAAUUAACAAUCCGAGCUCCGGCGAAAGUGCACGGUAAAGGAUCUCAUUCCGCUGCGCCGCCUCCGCCGUCAGCUCAUGAGGCUUUUUACGUGCAGAACAGAGCGAUGAAGGAAGGGAAUAAGAGGAAAUCGUAUCUACCGUACAGGAGAGACCUCGUCGGGUUUUUCGCUAACGUAAGCGGUGUGCGCACGAGUUUCUCGCACUUCUAGAACGGUGCAUCGAUAGAUUGUACUGCCUUCUUUGUAGGGUGGUACGCCAAUUGGACUUUUUUUACUACUAUGAGAGAAUUUUUAAAAUGCUGCAGUUGCAUAGAUUCUUGCCUAUUUUCUUUACGGAUCAUUACUACUGCGCUCAUUUUGAAAUUUUGUUUGGUUUCCUCUCUCAUAAAUGUUACAUGGGGUAAUCUACCAGCUUUAACAACCAAAUAAAUAUGUUUGUGUA